AUGGUUGACAGGGCGCGAUCGCUGACUUUCAAACCAUUUGUCCCGAAAAGCGCCGGCCAAGCAACCUCUGAGUCGAAGCGGACACGACCGCACGUUCCAGAAAGUCAACGGAAAAGAGUGCGACAAGCCUGCCAAAAUUGUCGCCAGAAGAAGGACAAAUGUGAUGGCAAUGUUCCAUGUUGGCGUUGUUCUCGUGAGGGCGUCGUGUGUGAGCUGGGCGUCGCGCCCGGCGCCCUCAUGAGCAAAGCCGAGCGUACAGAGCGACUCGAAAAGGUAGUCAGGCACGUACUGGGGGUCACAUCACUAGAUGACGAGGAGCUACGGGCGAUGUCCGACUCGAUAGGCCGCUCAGAGGCGCCAAAUCCUGGAGAAAGGCAACUUGGCGCCCAAAGCUCGCUUCUGAACUUCUCACAACAACUAGAACGGAAGCUUGUCGAUGCUCAGAAGAGCCACCAGCAGAUGGAAGACGAUAACGAAGACGAUGUUCAGAACGAAGAUGACGCAAUCGCAACAUUUUGUCGAAGUCCAUCUCCCGUCGCUACUCCCGGGGACCGCUUUUUUACCUCUGUACAAGCAAUCCUGCCGCCACGGGACGUGGCCAGCCAUUUGGUGCGCGUAUGCUUCGAUUAUGUCCAAUGCAAUAGCUUCUACGCUCAAGAAACCUGGGUAUACAAGCAACUGGACGCCUUAUAUGGGGACGCCUCCACACUAUCAGAGCGAGAUAUUCCAACUGUUGCAACAGUCCUCAUGAUCAUGGCUCUUGGAACGCAGUUUACGUCUGAUCUCUCCCUUGAUCAUCAGGGUAUCGUGCUGUAUGAGCGAACUACAAGCAUUUUGCCGGUCCUGAUCAAGCGAUCCAACUUUGAGAGUGUUCGCGCCUGUCUGCUUCUGGCCACAUAUCUGUUUCCAGUGGACCUCUCGGGGUUAGCUUACACCUACCUUGGACUGGCAAUACACAUGGCCACAAGGAACAACAUGCACAUAAACUGUCAUGGUGAAGUCGAACUUAGGGUAUGGUGGACACUUUAUACCUUCUACCAGCGCGCGCGCAUCUUCCACGGUCGUCCGGCGACGCUCUCCAUUGCAGAAGUAGGCGUGCACCGGCCAAGAUUCCUCCCUGAGCUGGAGCCAACAAGUAAUGUAUCGAACUUCAGCAACCAACUGAUCCUCAUCGAGAUUACCGUUGUUCUGGAGAAGAUCGCCGACGAAAUCGCCCAACUUCGCAAACAUUGGAACGCAGUCCACAUAGCGAACCUACUUGCUCUCAGGAAGAGUUUGAUAGAUACAAAGCAUAGUUUACCGAGCCUAGACCCGGAAGGUCGUGAGGAAGUAAGUACAGCACGACUACGUCUCGACAUCCACCUCUGCCUCUUCUACUGGCAUGCACGCCUAUUCCUAGGUCGCCCAUUUUUUCUUGACCAUCCCACUGCGAUACGGACAACUCAAGCAGCGCAAGAACCUACCUUGGAUAAGCAUGUGGCUGCUGGAGAACUACUCGCGCAAGACUCAGCCGACGCAGCUGUGAACAUCAUCCAGCUGUGCAACCUUAUCUACAACAAGAUCGGCCUCGCUCGAGCUUCGUAUGCGACCGAAUUCACUUCGUGCCGAGCCGCCAUGCUGGUCCUGAUAGCCAAGGGUAUCAGCGACAAAUCAACCGCACUCGGUGAGCUCCUUGAUCAGGGCCUAACUCUGAUCCAGCAUAUGGCUCUGGGCCAGAAUCAAGCAAGCUCGGAAGCCCGCGUUAUUGUAGCUUUGCAACGUGCGAUUACUCGUCUGCACAGAAAACCUCACAUCGUUACCUCCUCCAACGACGGUUUGCAUGAUACACUGUCGCAUGACCAUUUAAGGCAAUGGGAGUUGCUGUGGGAACAACCAUCACCCGCUGGUCAGUCGAACGAUGUUGAACCGUCCAUUGAGGCCGCCUACGCACAACAAGAUACGGGAAAGGAGUACUCCGCGACGGAUCCGCUUGAUCAGAAUGGCCAUAACCCAUUCGAAUCGGAUUUGGACGAUCUGUGGAGUACGAUCUUCAACUCGCAACUGAAUGAGUUUAAUCUCGUGAAUUGUGCGGAUGGUGGUUUGGCCGUUCCUCAGCUAGACCAUCAGAUUGAUACAGGUGCCCGUCCAAUGUACGACAACACACCGCAGAGGUCGAGCGGUCUCGAGCCUGACGCGGACGCUCAACAUUGA